ACUGUUUGUGUUGUUUCUUUUGAGUGUCUAGACCUCUGCCUUGAGGCCUACACAACACUAGAGCGACUCCACGAGGCAAAACACAUUACUCCAGAAAUUCUAGGGAGAUCUUAGAUUUGGGGACUUUUGUUGUUUAGAUGCUGAGUCAUGCAUAGACGGUGUCAUAAGAACUGGGCUCUAAGCCAAGUGUUUGCUAGAAAGUUUUAUCAGUCAGCGUUCAGCAUUCCCAGACUGGACUAGACUCGAAGAAUCAAGUCAGUUGUUUUUGGGUGCGAGAGCUGCCGUCAGAGUUCUCAUCUUGGUGUCCUUCAGACAACAUCGAGCAAUGUCGUGCUUGAGGUCGUCUCUACAAAUAAAUGGCGACGGCGUCGUGUCGAGGACAAAGAUAGCCGGGGUCGAACUCACCGUUCCCAUUGCCGUCUACGGUAUUCUCCAUUUUACCAUCGGAUUUGUGCUGAUUGCAGACUGGUGUGCUGGUAAUCCUGGAAACGAGUUUAGGGAGGGUGAGUGGUACCUUACAUUGUUGAUGGCGUCUUGUCUGGUGUGGAUGUUAUGGGUCAUGGUGAAAACGAAACUCACCAUUCGCCACUUCCAAGCAGCAGGAAGUUCACCCAGGCCGUUCGAGCGGGGAGCUCUCUCUCACAGAGCAACUGGCAGCAGUUUGCUGGUCAAGACUCUCACAGCGUUUGCUGCUUUCAGUUUACUGCUGGCAAUUUUUCAGACGGCCGAUUCUGCCCUUGCAACAGGCAGCUGUUUUUCCAAACCUGCUGUUGUUUCCUGUGUUUGCAGGAUUCUCUACAUUCUUACACAAGUUUGUUAUGUAGUCUAUUCUCAGAAACGAGUGUUGUUUGAGAAGAAGUUUGUACAUGGUGCAGCUGUAAUACAAAUGAUCAUCACAAACUUUAUCCUCUACGGUUGGACGUUUCUUAAAAGCAAAGACCGCGUUUUCACUCAUGAGGAACGUCUAGACUGUACUACCAUUGAUGCUCUAAAAAAGCUCAACUUUACUGCUCUAGUAAAUCUCAACUUUGCUAGCUAUGAUGGUAGUGUGCUAAAUGAAUAUCUAGCUAGCUCUGAUGCUCGACCAAUACCCAACAAUAAUAUGGAAAUAACGUUGCUCAACUCUGAAUGUUACCACACUGUAUUCAAAGAUACCUUUCCAUGGCUCUACCCGUUUUGUCUAGAAUUUUGCCUGACUGCAUCAGCCAUGAUCGCCGAACAAUGGAUGGAAUGGCCGAGUCCUCCGACAAGCCCAAUGUGUGAUGAUGAUGAUCCAGCUGGUCGGUCACUCAUUGAAGAGCACCGACACGUAAGCUGCAAUCGAGGAGAGAGAAAGCUGAGCAACGAUUGGGCCACGAGUGUUGGCAUGUUAGCCUUUGUUGCUCGCAUAGGAGUGAUAGCAUACUUGAUCAUUGAAACCAAUUCAGAUGUAGCUGCUACUGUCUUCUACGGAAUAAGGAUGCUCUCAGCAAUCUUAAUCACUUUACUUUCUGCAUAUGGGCUGUAUACACUGGGUCGUUGUAAGAGGGGAAACGUUUCAGCAGGACUCGAUCUGGAUGAAGUUCUCCUCCUCAUAGCGACUAUUGGAGCAUUUGCACUUGCUUUGUUCAGAUGCUUUGCUGGGCUAGCCAGCCUAAUAGGGCCAGCCAAGAUAGGGCUAGCCAAACUAACUAAGCUAGCCAAAUCAAAUGACGUAGCCAAACUAACUAAGCUAGCCAAAUCAAUUGAGCUAGCCAAACUAAUUGAGCGAGCCAAUUCAGCUGACGUAGCCAAGCUAACUAAACUAAUUGAGGGAGCCAAACUAACUGAUGAGGAACACACUUACUAUGAACUUAUAGUGUUUUUCGCUGAAGUUUUAGUUGUUGUGGGAAUCCUUGCUCAAACUGUUUUCAUCAGCAAGGCUCUGCAUCGAGAACCAGGAGAGCAUGGACUAAUCACAACGACUUCGAUGGCCAUGUUCAUGGGAUGGCUGAAUUUUGGCUUGUGGUUAGGCAAAACCGUCCAUCUAGAGGGAACGGAUUAUUCAAUAUACCACUGUGGGACAAUGAUGGUGAUAGAUAGCUUGCAAUUGAUAAGAUAUGGUAAACAGUCAUGGCUGAUAUUUAUCCUCUUAUGCUUUCCCUUUGCUAUUUUCUAUCGAAUUCACAGCGCUGUGGUACUCUACAGAGUCUCCAAGAUACACAGGUACGUCAAAGAAGUCAAAGAGGUCAAAUCACCUGCUAUUGACGAUAUCGAGAGACAGAGAGACAUUUCCAACCGCUUGGCGAACCUGAAACGAGAACAUGAUAAAGUGACGAGUGAGUGGAAUGAAUUUUGCCAGAAUCGACGUCCUCUGGUGCAGCAGCAAUUACGGCAACUUGAAGAACUUAACCAGACAAUGAGGAAUGACACACCUUGAUACUCGAUAUCAGUGACAGCUUGUGUGUGUGUGUGUGUGUGUGUGUGUGUGUGUGUGUGUGUGUGUGUGUGUGUGUGUGUGUGUGUGUGUCUGUGUGUGUGUGUGUGUCUGUGUGUGUGUGUGUGUGUGUGUGUGUGUGUCUGUGUGUGUCUGUGUGUGAGUGUCUGUGUGUGUGUGUGUGUGUGUGUGUGUGUCUGUGUGUGUGUGUGUGUGUGUGUGUGUGUGUGUGUGUGUGUGUGUGUGUGUGUGUGUGUGUGUGUGUGUGUGAGGAAUAGUAGACAGCUUGGUGACUUGACAUUGUUCAGAUUAGCUAAUAUUAGCACUUUAAUAAAUCAUAUCCAACUUUGUUCAUAUUGCAGCUGUUAGCAAUAAAGCGAUUGCGGAGUUGUUACUGUAACGGCAGUUUUCCAAUUGCGUCUAAUUAAAAUUGUCUGUUUUUGAUUGAAUUAAGAUUAGAUGGAAAGUCAUUAAUUUCAUGUGUCAGGGGUUACUAGUUACGCACACUGUUGCAAAUCAGAUAUUUGCAACCCGAACGCG